GCUCCUACUUAGUAAUGUAUAAGGCUUUGAGAUAAAUAUCAACAAGGCUCCUUCACUUUGAGUCUUUUGUAACAAGACCUUCUAUUAACUCGUAACAUUCUCAAAUUUCAAUCUUCCAUCUUCAAUCUCCAAGCACUAAAGCCCACACUUUUACAAUGGCUAACCAAGAGAUCAUCUUCUAUGACUUACCGAAUAAGGGGACGAACAAGGCGUGGUCAUUGAACACAUGGAAGACUCGAUUUGCCCUUAACUAUAAGGGAAUUCCCUACAAGACGGAAUGGAUCGAAUACCCAGACAUCAAGCCCACGUUUCAAGACCACGUCCCCAAGGCUGAUCAAUACACGGUCCCAACAAUCAUCCUCCCAGAUGGGACAUGGGUAACCGACUCCGCCAAAAUCGCCGAAGUCCUCGAGUCGCGGUACCCAGAGAAAAAGCUAUUUCUCGACUCACAAUACGUCCCCAAAGUAGCCUCCGUAUUCCCGGAAAUCUUCGGUGCCGCGGGAGUCAACUACCUACCUCUCAUCUUCAAGCGAAUCAUCAGCCCAGGCAGCGAAGCGCAUUUCCGCACCACCCGCGAAGCGGCCGUGGGUAUGACUCUUGAGGAAUUCAGUAAGUUAGGCGGUGAGGGAGUGUGGAAAAAGGCUGCGCCGGGUUUGGAGAAGGUUACUGCGUUGCUGAAGGAGAACCCCGAGGGACCUUUCUUUGAGGGUAGUAAUGUGACUUAUGCGGAUUUCAUUUGGGCGGGUUUCCUGAUCAUGACGCAGAGGAUUGGUGAGGAUAUACUAGGAGAGUUCCUUAAGCAUACCGGGGAUGGGGAUGUUCACUUGAAACUACUUGAAGCUGUUAAGCCUUGGGCUGAGAGAGAUGACCAUUAAGAGGGGGUAUCCAUGGAUAUGAAAUAGAAACUCCGAAGGCGGGGCAAUUAGAAAAGUGCUAUUAUCAAUAGACGGAAGUACGCCAACCCGUGUUUCUUUCGCUUAUUUAUCUAUGAAAUUCGAGUGUGAGAUGAAAUAUUAUGAAACGUUAUAUGUAAGCAGAGUAAUCCUUAGAGUAGAAGAUUAUGUUGAACGAUCUUUAAAG